CAGGUUGGUACAUUGUUCGGCGACGUGUAAAAAACGCUACGUGUACCAAUUGUAACGUACGCCUGUACUUAAGUUCGCGUUCGACAUUAUUCGGGUUUACCUACCUAUCCAGUCUAAAGUGGGCCAAAUCUCCACUUACCGAGUAUGUGUGUGCUAAUUUCGACGUGCGUAAUUCGAGCGUGUGCAAACGGGUCUUUUUCAAUUUUUGCGUAAAUAAUUUCAGAAUCCCACCAGUCGACAAUCUGGACUGUUAUACGUUCACCGAGAGCUUUCUCUUGUCUCGACUUCAUAAUUUGCUUUCUUUCAGUUGUGGGCUGCUAUACAUAUGAUUCUAUACUAAUUUAAGAAUCGCUACGGGUGAUGAAACAUAAAAAAAUUAACGAUCAUCGCGGCCCCAGACACAAUAAAUUUUCAUCGUAACCAUUGAUUUUUAGCUUUAUGUGAUUCGCGAACCUCAUAUUCCAGGGAUUUUAACGUUUGAUCAUUAGUCGUUACAAGAGCACCGUAGAUCAUAUGGCGUUACACGUGAUUCUUAUGGAACGCGCUAAUUGAAUGACCACGUGUAGUUUUAAUACGUUGAAUAGUUUACGCUUCGAUUCACGAUUUAUUGAAAAGGUAAAAUAAACGAAGAAAUUCACUUCCUGAAAUUUUGAUCGGUAUUCAAAAUUCAAAUUAACAAGCCAUGUUCUUCCUCUACCCAAAUAAUAACCCCAACAUGUAUCAACAUUGAAAAUUUAGAGUCGAGUGACGUACGUCGUACGGUAGGGGUGUACCGUGAAGUAAGGUACUCGAGUAAGUCUACCGAGAGAUGGUCAUCAGUCAGAGGAUUAAAAUUUGAUUAAUUAAUUAGAACCCUCUUAUUUCUAAGACAUCAAAACGUCCGGGAUGUAAUUCAUGGAAAGAUUCAUCUUCAUUCGCUACGUUGGUUUGGCCGGCUAGUUAGUUCCAGGAACAGUAAUUAGUCGUGGAUAAAGCAUUGUUCUUGGGAAUAUGCCAACUGAAUGCUCGCAUUAAAAUUAUAGAGCGUUACCACCUGGGAAGAUCAAACAUCGCAUUGUCUCGGUGAAGGUUCAUUUCAACGAUUUCAUCUCAAGGAAUACUUCUGAAUGUUCCAAGUUUCCGGAGUAACAACUGCGGAAUUCAAUUGGUUAAACUCCUUCGAGUCGUAUCUAAUCGGAGACUGCAUUAGAUUUCACAGUGAAAAAUUCACCUCAAAUUGAAAGAAAUAUAAGUGAGCAAACAAAUGUAGAACGGAAACGAAGGAUAGAGCGUAAUUCAAUUGAGCAUCGUAUCUCGUAUGUAUUUCCAUUCCUUCGUCGAGAAUAGCCGCCUGAUAUCUCGGGGAAUUUACCGAAACAACCGCGUUGCUCGACAAUUUCUCGCGACUGAAAUAUACUCGAAUUUUAUCGAGCGAUUCAAUCAGAUCGCGAAAUGGAGAUGGCGAUGAUGAUCUUUCACGUCGGGGUGUGAAAUGGAAUAGCCUUGUCUCAUCAGAGGUAUAACGAGAAAAAACGACCAGGCUUUACGUGUCAUUGUUAAAUCUGAUAUCCGAAUCUUUAACUUCAAAAAAAUAUAUAAUAUACACCUGUACAGCCGUUGUUUCUGUUCGUGUUUUAAACCGACAUAAUUAGGAGACGCGAUUCGUAAACGACGAAUGUUUGUUCGGUGGAAGAAAUUCAAUGUCACCGCAAAGUGUUGGAAAAAUAAUGCGAUAAGAUAGGAAUUUAUAUAAAUAAACUACACAUCUUUGCCCGAAUUGCUACCGUCUGAAGAUCGUUACUCUGCGGGUUUUCAUCCAUCGGCCGAAUUCAUUCGAGCGCGCAAAAAUUCUGGAUUUGUUAAUAAAAGGGCUCCACAAGUCCGAAUAAAAAUCUACAUAGAGAGAAAUGGGCGAUCUGGACAGUUUCGAAGGAGUUUUAACUCCGAAUGAAGUUAAGGGUAUAAUAGAAAAACGCAUUCGGACGAGCGAUUACGAAGUACUUGAUAAAAAAUGCGAAACUACCGGAAGUAACAGCGGAUACUUGGGACAAUACUUCAGGGUCACGAUCAUCCUGCGGAUCAAUGAAACACAGGAGACCGAAGUUUUAAGGUACUUUGUGAAAAAGACGCCGUUGGCUACUUCCCCUAUGGGGAAAGCGGUCGCCGAUUCCGGGGUCUACGUAAAAGAGAUCGCAGUUUACACAAAGAUAUUCACGGAAUUCGAAGAAAUUACUUUUGCGCCGGUCAUCUACCUUAGCAAAGAUGACCUACUCGUGUUCAAUGAUCUCAGCCAAGACGGAUAUCAAAUGCCGAAUAAGUUCGCCUUCUUUACGAUCGAGCAGUGCGAGGUGGUCCUCAGAAAAGUAGCGGAGCUUCACGCCCAGAGUUUUAUAUUCGAGGAGAAUAUUACGGCCGAUGGGAAAAAACGAAGCAUCCAAGGUACAUACGGUGAAAUUCUCGCGGAAACGUAUUUCCGCGACGUCGAAGAUUCCAGUGGCUAUAAACUGACGGAGGCUUCCAUUAGCGCUCACCUGUACGCCAUCGACCUAUUGGACAUACCGCAAUUUAGGAAAAAUCACCUGAAACAAGUCAGCGCCAAAGUUAUGCGAAAAAUCUACGAGUUUAUGCAGCCGUCGAAAAAUUAUCGCAACGUGUUAAGCCACGGAGAUCUUUGGGCGAACAACAUUUUGCUGAAAUAUGAAAACGGCGUCGUGUCCGACUGCCAAAUUGUCGACUACCAACUCGCCAAGUGCGCCCCACCGGCACAAGACGUGAUGAGCUUCAUUCACUUGACGACUUCUCGUCUUUUCCGCAAGCAGAACGAAGAACGUCUGAUACGCUACUAUCACGACCAGCUGACAAAUAUUCUGGCGAAUAGAAAACUGGACAUCGACGUCGUAUUACCUCUUGAUAUUUUUCUGGAAAGCUGUCACUAUUACAGACCUCACGCUGUAAUACAGGAGGUAUUUUGGUACCAAACCAUCCUGGCGGAUGAGGAAACGACGAGUGAGUACCUUCGUCACUUUCCACCACCGACGAAAAGCAUCUUCGAGGAUAAAACAGAGCUCGUUACAGGCCAGUGGAAGGCGCACGGUAUUUACAGGGAAAUGUUAACGGACACUAUGAUGGCUUUCGAAGAGAUUUGCGAAAAGCAUUUUCCGGAAUAUCGUCGACAGUCGCAAGAUAUAUGUUAAAUCCUUUAUAUACUUUUGAUAUUCUGAUUACGUAAGAGAAAGUUCAUCGACCGACCGACCCUUCAACCGUCUGGUACCGAGGAUUUGUAAACGAUAUCCAUAGACGAUGCGAUGAAAGGAUAGUAUUUUCGUGGAAUCGAGAUCCAUCUUAGAAAAAUGGAAUAAAAAAAUUUGCCUCUCGUUCUAAAUAUAAUAUAGGGUGAUAAAAGUCAGGAACUUCACUUACAGUGUGCUGGUGGAAGCGAGUCCGUCGAACGUGCCUUUUUCGAUACGGUUGAUGGAGCAGUGUUGCAGGACCCUGUGACAGUCGGAAAAUAUUAUACCUGUAAAAAUUUCUCUUCAAAUGUUACAACUGUCGAAUAUCGAUGUUAGAUACCUACAAGGUAUUCACUUCCGGAAGUUUCCCAAGAUUCGAUUCACUCAAUGUCGUGAACGGGUUUCCGGAAAGAUCCCUAAAAACAAUCGUCGGUCACGUACGAUCGAUUCGUUGGAAUCUCAUGAAAAAAUGUCAAAUCCUAGACAGAAAAAUCAUUGAAAAUUCUCACUUGUAAAACACGAGACGUAACGAAAGAAGUCGACAAUUAUUGUAAAUUGAACGUGCAUUUCUCGCGAAGAGAUAUAACCUGGUAAAUAUUUAUUUUAACGAAACGCGCUGAAUCAUCUGCGCAAAUAAAUUUCUCAUAAUUACUAUCUCGUA